AUGGUGAAGCUGAUCAGUGCGGAGGGCUUUGAGUUUGUGAUUGACCGCCAGGCAGCCAUGGUGUCCAACACGCUGCGAAGCAUGCUCAGCUCUUCAGGGGGGUUCCAGGAGAGUGACAGCGGUGAGGUGCGGUUUCCAGAGAUCAGUACCCCCAUCUUGGAGAAGUUGUGCCAGUAUUUUUACUACAAGCUGCGAUACAGCAAUCCCGCUAACCAAAAGAACAUCCCAGAGUUCAAGAUUGAGCCUGAGAUUGCACUCGAGCUACUCAUGGCUGCUAACUACUUGGACACAUGA